AUGGAACGAAAUAGAGGCCGGCUGUAUGUACUGGUCCUUGUCGUUGGUCUGGUGCAUGUUUCGCAGGGUGUUACCUGUCCUGCUGAGUGUUCUGUGUGUGAGAAUGAUCCUGGGACAGGGGACAUCAUAGCUGUAGAGUGUGCAGGUUACAGCCCCAUGAACCUCGACACAUCCAUCAAAGUUGCCAAACUUUCAGAUUUUGCAUUGCGAAGCACGGAGGUGACUAUGAACUACUUUCAAGGAAAACCAAAUCUGGAAUAUGUUCGGAUGAAAAACUUCGGAAUUGAGACAUUGGCUUCAGAUGUGUUUACUGACACCACGGCUCUGAGAACGCUGGAUCUGAGUGUGAAUAACAUGGUUACAAUCACCACAACCACGUUCCUCAGUUCUCCAUCUCUAACGGAACUAAUCUUGGACAGCAAUUCCAUAUCAACCAUAGACGACACCGCGUUUAGCACCGUAAGUGGCAUACAGAAACUAAAUUUGGCGAAUAAUAACAUUUCGAUCCUGAGUGACAAUGUAUUUUCUGGUUUAAGAAAUCUGAUAGAGCUAGAUUUGUCGAACAAUAAAUUCACUUCUAUCAAUGGUGUUGCCUUGUCGUUGGCAAGCACUCUCGUGUCCCUGGACUUGUCGGGCAACUAUCUCGUUUCUUUGGAUACCCUCCAGUUCAGCAACCUGGCCACUCUCUCUCUGCUCAGCAUUCAGAAGAAUGACAUAUCAAGCAUUAGUGUUGAUGCCUUCAAUGGCACAUCACUGGCAUAUCUGGACCUCUCAAACAACAGUAUUCAAGAAGUGCCCUUUGGUUCUCUAGCAGCAAUCCAAGACACGAUAAGAACUCUUAAAUUGGCUGGUAAUAGAAUAUCAAGCAUUGAGGAAUCCCGACUCACUGGGUACUCACUAGACCUUCUUGAUAUGAGCAACAACUCACUAUCGUCACUGGGGCCCCUUGCGUUCGAUGGCGCAGUCAUCAACAUCACAAACAUUGAAGAUAAUAACAUUGAAUCCUUGCCAACUGAUUUAUCGACUUUCCUUUCUCAGUCGUCCAGUGUAUAUCUGUCUGGAAACCCCUGGCUGUGUGACUGUGAUACAAUGUGGCUGACCCAAUCAGUUCGCGAUGCGUCCAACAAGUUCCUGUCUGAGAAUGCAUCCGAUCCAGCUUGUGCAAGUCCAACCCAAUUGUGA